AUGGUUCACUUAGCUCCCAGUAUUUUUUGCUUCAAUUUCUUAUUAGUAUUAAUUUAAAACCGGUAAAAAGUCUUAAUCUAACUACAGUUCAAACUUUUUCAACGUUUUCUUCAAUAGUUUUUCAUUUGUGAAAAACAUGCUAUUCGCCAUACUGUUAGUUUUUGUGCUCCAGUUCUUAAAUUCAAAGGGAGAUUAUGAUUUAUUUAUGGAAGAUGUGGAUAACCCUGCUUACAAUGAAGAGUACUUUACGAAACCUGAUUUUUAUCUUGACAAUAACAAUGGAAUAGUUCUCAACUUUUCAAUUAUAAAACAGCUGCCAGAAGGAACCGAAGGCCGUUUCAUAAUAAAACGAGCAUCCAUGGGUGAGUAUGUUGUGGACACUGGAAUCGAUGUAACAAUGGGAUUAUGUGAUGGCAUCGAAGAACCUAUAUUGAUCGGUCCGAUUCUUAAAGUAUUAGGAUUUACUGUAGACAACUGUCCUCCUGGUGUUGGUGUUUAUCAAUUCGAAGGCUAUAAAUUACCAAAAGAAAAUCUCCCAGAUGAUUUUCCACCCAAUAAUUAUAAAGUCACUCUAGAAAUCUUCUAUGGAGAGCAAAUAAUACUUAUUAUCGAGGUACUGGUUAAGAUUAUCUAAAAUUUGAAUUUACAAUUGAAAAUAACGGAUCGACUUAUUUCUUCCUAGAUUCCAUUUAAUGUUUUCUGAAAAAUUUUGUUAGCAUUUAUCCUAAAUAAAUUGUGCGUUAAUUAAAUAAUUUCCUUAU